AUGCGGGAAAUCGUGCACAUUCAGAUUGGCCAGUGUGGCAACCAGAUCGGAGCCAAGUUCUGGGAGGUGAUCGGGGAAGAACAUGGGAUUGACUGCGCCGGGAGCUACUGCGGGACUUCUCCCCUUCAGCUGGAGAGAAUCAGCGUUUACUACAACGAAGCCUACGGUAAGAAGUACGUGCCCCGAGCCGUCCUUGUGGACCUGGAACCUGGGACAAUGGACAGCAUCCGAUCCAGCAGAUUGGGAAUCCUCUUUCAGCCUGACAGUUUUGUUCACGGUAACUCUGGUGCUGGUAACAAUUGGGCCAAGGGCCACUACACAGAGGGAGCGGAGCUGAUCGAGACGGUCAUGGAUGUGGUGAGGAGAGAGAGCGAGAGCUGCGACUGCCUGCAAGGUUUCCAGAUCGUGCACUCUCUGGGUGGAGGCACAGGCUCAGGCAUGGGCACCCUGCUCAUGAACAAGAUCAGGGAGGAGUACCCGGAUCGGAUCCUUAAUUCCUUUAGUGUCAUGCCGUCCCCCAAGGUGUCAGACACCGUGGUAGAGCCCUACAACGCGGUGCUGUCCAUCCACCAGCUGAUAGAGAACACAGAUGCCUGCUUCUGCAUCGACAACGAAGCACUCUACGACAUCUGUUUCCGCACCCUGAGGCUGACCACGCCCACUUACGGGGACCUCAACCACCUGGUGUCCUUGACCAUGAGUGGGAUCACGACCUCACUGCGCUUUCCGGGCCAGCUCAAUGCAGACCUGCGCAAGCUGGCAGUGAAUAUGGUGCCCUUUCCUCGUCUUCACUUCUUCAUGCCUGGCUUCGCUCCACUCACAGCCCAGGGUAGCCAGCAGUACCGAGCCCUGUCGGUGGCGGAGCUCACCCAACAGAUGUUCGAUGCCCGCAACAUCAUGGCUGCCUGUGAUCCUCGCCGUGGCCGCUACCUGACUGUGGCUUGUAUCUUCCGGGGUAAGAUGUCCACCAAGGAAGUGGACCAACAGCUGCUGUCCAUUCAGACAAGGAACAGCAACUGCUUUGUGGAAUGGAUCCCCAACAAUGUCAAGGUAGCUGUGUGUGACAUCCCACCCCGGGGGCUGAACAUGGCGGCUACCUUCCUGGGUAACAAUACAGCCAUUCAAGAGCUCUUCACCCGGGUCUCCGAGCACUUCUCAGCCAUGUUCAGGAGGAGAGCUUUUGUGCACUGGUACACCAGUGAAGGGAUGGACAUAAGUGAGUUUGGGGAAGCGGAGACAGACAUCCUCGACCUGGUGUCCGAGUACCAACAAUUCCAAGAUGUCCGAGCAGGGCUAGAGGACAUCGAAGAGGGUGGGGAGGAGGAGGCAGAGAUGGGGGCAGAAGACAAAAACCAUUAG